AUGAUAAGCGGUAAAGUCGCACGAUUGAUCGUCUUCGGAAGACAUUCCUCUCUGGAAUUCAGCAAAUUGACAGCAUGUGCUGCCAUCACAAACAAGUGUUACUACUCGACCUAUUCCUCUUCUUCCAAUGCAGUGAUGGUCAUGGAAUGGUAUCGAAAAUUGAUUAAAAAAGCAUCAUUCAUUCCGAACCAAGCAAAACGAAAACAAAUAUUGCAGCAAAUUAAAAAAGAAUUUAAAGAUACCACAGAGGUGUCGUCAUCAUCUAAUUGGAUUAAAAAAGCAGAGGAAGCUCUUCAAUUUUUGACAAUGAUUACACCAAAGACACCAACCUCCAAACAAGGCACUCCCUCUACAUCACACUCUCACAACGAUGGUAUUGUAAAAUAUGUAAAAAUUGAUGGGGAAUGGGUAGAUGUCAGAUAUGUAGAUCCAGAAAAAUUACAAAAAAAAGACACUGCUUAUAUGAAAGGUGGAUCUGAAGACAGUUUUUCUCAAUCACCAUCUUCACCUUGCCCUCCUGGAGGAUGUGGCAGAUGCCAAUUUUAA